AUGUUUUUUUUGCUAUUUGUGUUAGUUUGUUGUACUCUUGGUGUUCAAGGAGAUGUCCGAGAAGAAUUCAUUGAUGAAAUCACUGGUGCAACGCAAACAGGUGAAGAAUUAGAUACGGAAGGUUUUAUGGAAGCCAUCGUGCUCGGCUUGAUUGAUUCGCAAUUUUCUAGCUACGAUGCAAAUGGCGAUGGCGGGAUUGAUGCUGAAGAAUUAAAUUCUUUAAAGAAUCUGAUUCCUGCUGAUUCGCCUUUGUUAACCAAAUUGCAAAUCAUCAAUUAUGAUGCAAAUCGUGAUUUAAAAUUAGAUAUGAAUGAAUUGAAAAACAUGGUCAAAAAUCAUUUGGAAGAGUUCACGGAAGCGAUUCAGAUGUAUUUCCAACAGAUGACAAAUGGAAUGGCACAUGAAGAGUUCUAG